GCAGCGAGCCUGACUUCGUCCUCCCGCACACGCGCGGCAUGGGCUCCACGCACGCGCAAGUCUACUCUAAACAGUUAGCCAUCCCACAAGCAAGGCAGUUUAUGAAAGAAACCGGGGGAGCACAUUUGUUAGACCCUCUGAGCGAACAAAAUUAUCACUGGCGCAGAGGUACGACACGUUCAAGGCUUGUGAACACAGUCUUUUGGUCGUGCAUGUCCCUGAGAGCCUGACGUUUCUCUUCAAUGGCUGCCUCUGGCUCCUCCACCACAGUGCCUGAAGGAUUUCACUAUGAGACCAAGUAUGUCAUUCUCAGCUACCUCAGCCUGCCCCCGCCAUUAAGAUCAAGACCCUCAGAGACAGCGGAGGGAGAGAGCCAUUCUACACAGGAAGUGGAAAGAGAGCGGAAUAGCAGCCUGAAGAAACCGAUUGAGAAUGAAAUGAAGCAGCUGGAAGAGGAAAUUGCGGCCUCUUUUUCCAGGACUGGUUUUGAUCAGCUCAUAUCCCCAGUGUUCAGUCCAGCCAAUCCAGAAAGCUCCAUAGAAGACAGCCUGGCAGUGCUGGGGGACCGUGUUUCACGGGACCUGGACACACACCUGUCCUCCGCCACUCACACGCUUCUGAGCAGUGAUUUGGACUUUGAGCACUUCAGAGCAGCGGUGGAGGAGGUGUCCUCUCAUGCUCAAGGAGGAUGGAGCAAGGUGUUGGUACCCUUAGUAUUGUUACAAGCCCUACAGAAUGAGGGGCAGCCACUGGCAGCACUGCUACACCAUGGUUUGCGUUACCUUGAGGAAUCGCAAUCAGACUUCAUCAUUCAGCAGGGAGGAUGGGGCACUGUGUUCAGCCUGGAUGAAGCUGAGGACCCUGGCGUGAUCAUAGCCGAGGACAGUAACGACAUCUACAUCCUGUCAGGUGAACAGACCUCGGAUCAGCUAAGCCCUCCUGCUUCACUACUGACUCUUGGAGAUAGCAGUGGGCCAGCUUCCUGGCAGACAGAGAGUCUUCCUGUGUCUCUGACAGGCCACGAGUCUUGGGCGCAGGUUGGCAUGAUGGACCCAGAAGAUGCCAAGAGUCUGGACAGCGCAGAGGGAGUGGCGUUAGUUGAGGAGCAAAGCGAGAACAACUCCUCGAACUCUGACAUUGUCCAUGUGGAGCGUGAAGAUGCCGAACUGCUUGAAGAAGGUGGGGAGACGGUGGAGGAAGGGGAGCUGCAGAGUAGCGUACUUAGCGUGCUGGGCAGUGAGAGUGAACUCGCUGCUGUCCGAGAAGAAGCACCAACCGCAGAGUCGGUGCAGAGUGCACCUGAGCCGAUUGUGGAACAAACCGUGAUGGAGAUCCCUCCACCUCCAGCCUUAGUAGAGCUAGAGCACCCAGCCUCCCCUGCUGCUGCUACCGCCUUGUUCCCCGUGCCUGAGCCUGAGCUUCAAGCUCAGCCUGUUCCAGCUCCUGUGGAGCCACAAUCAUCACCCCCACCUGAUCUAGAGCCGGAAGUGGUCCAAGCAACCCUGGAGCAGGAGAUACUUCCAGAGGUUGAUCUGAAGGCCUUCUCCCCGGCCCACAACCUCCCUGUUCCGACCCCUCCUGAGGUGCAGACAAAGUCAGUGCCACAGCCUGAGACCUCUGACCUCCCCGUGCUGCUAUACGGUGGUGCUGCCCUGGUGGCCAUCGCUGCAGUAUUGGCUUUUGGAGCGCUGGCCUACAGGAAGAAGUAGAGCGUCUGUGACUGUCCAUGACCUCACUGUAUCUCUUGCCCUAAUGGAAGCCCUGUGGGUCACAGUGCUGCCACAAGCAGUACUUUAUGGGAAAAGUACUCCUCUUAUGUGCCAUACCAUUUUAUUUUAUUCUCAUUGCUUUUAUUUGUUGGCUUAGUUCUUUAAACCAGCUUUAUGACUGGAGAGGAACUUGCAGGUGCAAAGUCGGGUUUCUUUUGUGCUGUAUUAAGGCCAAUUCACACUGCACAGACAAAUGCCUACAAACUUGUUUGUACAUGUUUGUUGGGUUUUGUGUGAUCAGUGUGUGUUACCCCUGUCGGUGUUGGUCGGGGUUUGUUUUCACCCGAGUAAACAUGUUCAAUCAGUGUUUGUCGGAGUUAUUUUUCAUAAAAUUCUAAAUCCAACGGCCAACUUGUUUGUUGGUGUUUGUCUGUGCGGUGUGAAUUGGCCUUUAGUGAACAUAGUAGUGAUCUGUUCACUAGGCUGUGACCAAGGUUCCUAGUUCCAAAAGGAACCUUAAGGCUUCUGAUUCAGAGGAAGUAAGUUAAUUUUUGUUAGUGAAGCAUGUUUAUUCUCAUAUAUAAGUAUUUGAUUUAAUGAAAUAGUUUGAUUUUAAAACACAAGCUUGUGUGAGUGCAUGAUUAUGAUUUUACCUUAUCAGAAAUGAAAUAUUAAAAGUGCAAAACUUUAUGGGCUGUGCUCUUCCGAUGGAUUGUGUGACUGAUAUUCUCCCAAAAUAUAUCAGUACUUAUACAAAAUUACUCGCAACAACCAAAAGCAAAGUCUCCACGCAUCCUUGAUUCAUUUAGACAUUCAUAUUAACCACCUUUAAUGUAUAUUUUGAAUAAAUUAGACCUGAUUAGGCUUGCAUGAAUGCUUUUGGGUGAAUUUAAAAAGUAGAAGCCUAGGUCACAGCCUCAAAUGGGAAACCCCUCCACUUUGGCUGAUACAUUUUGUUUAAGGGAUUGUAAUUUCUUAAUGUACAGCAAUUCGCUAUAAUGUGAAUGUUUAAGGUACAAAAACAUGUUUGUUUAGCACUCGUGAAAAUACUACACCAGCACAGUCAAUAUUGCCAUGGUGACAGGGCACAGUUGACUGAAUUUAUCUCAACGUCAGGAAGCGGGAGAUAAUGCUAGAUGAAAAGUCAUUUAGUUUUCUAAUAUGAUGUUUCUAAGCGUGUAUUUUGUAAUUAAAUGUUCCUAAUUCUGGGUCAAAAGCAAUUUCAAUAAAAUCUUGUGAAAUAUUGAAAUGAGAAUAUGGUGAAACAUUAAACUUGUGGUUUAAUCUUAAACCACCAUGAUUCAGAAACAUCCAAAUGGAUUUUGUAAUUCUAGAGUAAAAAGUGAUUUGCUGUGUUAGGUAACAUUAACUGUCUGUCGCUCAAAUCAAAUGCUGACUUCAGGUUUGUGGGACCAGAAAGUCUCUUAAAUGUCUUCUGGGCCAGUCCUCGGCCCUUUAUUGUUUUUCUUUGUCUUCUCAUAUAAAGUAUUUUCUGUCUUCUGCCUUUGAUUUACACCUUGCCUGUACCUUGUGCUGUUGUUUGUCCUUGAAAGGUAAAAAGGCCUGCACGGCACAGCCUUGUCACCCUCUUUUCCCUGUUGUGUGCCUAUCCAAAAGAGACCUUGGUCAAAACAACUGAAAACAAGCAGAAGUCAUAUGUACAGGCA